AUGAAUUACUGGCACAUCCUGUCCUUCUCCUUUGCCAUUCGUGAAAUCAACCAGAAUCCCUGGCUCCUACCCAAUAUCACCUUGGGUUACAACAUCUAUGAAAAUUAUUUCACUGCAGUACUGACUUCUGAAGCCUUGGCAGACUUGCUCUCUUCUGGGCUGGCAAAUGUUCCAAACUAUGCUUGUGGAAAACAGAAUCACCUGCUGGCUGUUCUUGAAGGGGGCAACUAUGAAAUCUCCAACCAGAUUUCAACCGUGUUGGGCAACUUCAAAAUCCCGCAGCUUCACCCUUUCCUGCGAAAUGCCCAGUUUUGCAACACUUCUGUUGAUAAGGUUUAUGUGGAUGAGAAUGGGGACUUGGCUGCUGACUAUGAUAUUGUGAACUGGGUGCUGUUCCCUAAUGGCUCCUUUGGCCGAAGGAAAGUUGGGAGUAUAGAGCGAGAAUCAUUCUCAUCCCGUAUCAAGUUCAACAUUGAUCAGGAUGCCAUUGUGUGGCCCAGCUGGUUUAACCAGACACUGCCCCGCUCACGGUGUACGAGGAGUUGUGACUUGGGAUACACCAUAGUGAUUGAGGAAGGAAAGCCCAUUUGCUGCUACACUUGUGCGCCUUGCCCAGAAGGAACCAUUUCCACUCAUGAGGCGUUUGUGUUAGGCAUAUUUAUUAAAUAUCUAGAGACUCCCAUAGUCAAAGCCAACAACCGGGACCUCUCCUAUAUUCUUCUUGUCUCCAUCUUGCUUUCCUUCUUGUCCUCCUUCCUCUUCAUUGGACAGCCAAAGAAAACAACAUGUCUUCUCCAACAAAUAGCUUUCAGCAUCAUCUUCUCAGUGGCUGUUUCUUCUGUGUUCGCAAAAACAAUCACUGUGGUAUUGGCCUUCCUGGCCACAAAACCAGGGAACAGGGCAAGGAGAUGGCUGGGGAAGACCUUGGCCAAUGCCACUGUGUUUUCCUGUUCAUCUGUUCAAGUUAUCAUCUGCACCAUUUGGCUGAGCUCCUCUCCACCCUUCCCUGAUUCUGACAUGCACUCCCAGCCAGGAGAAAUCCUACUACAGUGCAAUGAAAGCUCUGUUGCCAUGUUCUACACUGCCCUUGGUUACAUGGGCUUCCUUGCUGUCACCUGCUUCACAGUUGCUUUCCUGGCCAGGAAGCUGCCUGGGGCCUUCAAUGAAGCCAAGCUGAUCACCUUCAGCAUGCUGGUCUUCUGCAGUGUCUGGAUCUCCUUUGUGCCCACCUAUAUGAGCACCAAGGGGAAAUACAUGGUGGCCGUGCAGAUCUUCUCCAUCUUGGCCUCCAGUGCUGGGCUCCUGGGCUGUAUCUUUAUCCCCAAGUGCUACAUUAUCAUGUUAAGGCCUGAUCUGAACACAAAGGAGCAUCUCAUGAUGAAAACAAAGGGUAAUAUAUCUGAUUCUAAGAAUUAG